GGGCCAGCCUCUUGGCCCGACCCGGCACUAAAUAGAAGGCCCGAUGGUCCAAUCCCAUUGUCCAAACAGGGCAAGCCCUGCUCGAACACAAAGGAAGGAGGAUGAGUCCUCCUCCUCCUCCUCCUCCAACUUUGCCGGAGGCUAAGAAAGCCUAGCCUCUAUUCCUAUUUAAAGGCCCCAACCCCAGUUCUUCCUCACUAGAAAAUUGCCAUAGCCUACCGCGCUUUUCGCUCUCUUCCCCUAUUGGAAAACCGUGAAUCAGGCUCACUGUGCUCGCUGAAGAUUGCAGCCGAGCCCUCGUCGGAACCAAGGUAAGGCCUUUGGAUCUUUUUCCCUUCCCUUCUUUGAUCAUAAGCCUCACCACCGGCCGAGAUUUCACCAGAAUAAUCCAAGGAUAAGAGGCAUUGUUUAUCCUCUGUUUUCGUAUCCAAAAGCUAUUAGAACUCCGAAGCCUAUCCUACCGAGUCUAUCUUACCGUUACCCAGAAUUUGAACGCCUCUCCCUCCCCGAAUCCUAAUUCUUUUAGGACGUUGCUGAACCAACGAUAAAUAGGACACCGUUCUUCCUCAACCCUCAGAACAUUGAUCCCCACUGCCAUACGCUCUCUCUGUCUCUCUCUCACGCACACCCAUGGCCAUGGAGUGGUCGAACGGCAACACAACGUUGAACCUGAGGGCCUUCUCCUUCUUCUCCCAAGGUGGAGGCCAAGCUAUAGGAGAGCGCAUGGUGGAAGUACGGAUCCAAGUCUCGAGGUCCCGCGUCCACCAUGGGAGCCAAAUCUUGCCAGUCCAGAACCGAGUGGAUGUCUUUGGGUUCCUCUUCCCCCUCCCUCGCCUCUUCUCCCACCAGCUCCGGCAGGCCCAAGUGGGGUACAUGCUCUCCUUCGUCAGCCAUCCCUAUCACCACGACGUCGAGUUCUGGAGUCGCCAGAUAUCUUCGUUCGCCUUGCAUGCCGCCAGAGCCGCAGUUCUUGAAGGCCGUAGUGGGUUCUUGAUGGACGUCGGCAUUAGAAUCCGCAUGGUCGAUCGGUUUCCGUGGUCGAUCUUCUACCGGGGCGCCGAGUUGGUGGACGAAUCCUUGAUUCUUUCUUCCGACGGGGGCUUUGGAGAGGCUGAUGAGCCGGCGAACGAGAUCUUGAUGAUUCCUUCGGAGGAGAGUGCAGGCGGCCGAGGGGAGUUCGGCGGCGUUCCAGCAUCGAAGUCUUCGAUCAACGCGCUGGAGACGAGAAGCUUUCAAGAACAUGAGUCGGCAUCGGCAUGCGUCAUUUGCCUGGAGGAUUGGGAGGCUGGGGUGGAGGUCACGGCGAUGCCAUGCUCCCACGAGUUCCAUCGGACGUGCCUCGGCAAAUGGUUGGAGAAGAGCCACCUCUGCCCUUUGUGCCGCUUUCCCAUGCCGACUGUGGGCUCACAAGUUCCUCAUCGAGUCACUGGAGUUGGACAAUAGACACAUAUGUUGUUCGUGAUUCAAGUUUGAUUUGGUGCGUUGUGGGUGUAAUUGA